ACAGCCUGGGUCAUCUCCUCUUUUGUUUCCCACCAGAGUUCACCUUAUCUGCCUCCCAACUUGUUUCACCUAAUGAUUAACCACCUCAAUCCUACCCAAACAUAAUCUAACCUUACAUAACCCCCACAGGUAGCUUUAGGGCAUUUAAUCGACAGGUGAAGUAAAGUGGAGGGGCCAAUAAUCAGUUAAUUCCACUCGGUGACUAAAGCUAAAUUCACAAACACGGAUUUUCAAAAGCUGCUUACGUAAACUCUCUUAUCUUAGUAGUAGUCUGGCACUCGCAUAAACUGCGACACAAAGAUCUAUUCUCAGUCACUCCUACGUACAGGGAUAACAAUUAAUUCAGUACAGGUGGCAGUAAGAGACCUUGGAGCUGUCGUGUUGUGAUUGGUUGCCACAACAUGGACUCACGAGACUCAACACCACACCUUAACUAAACUACAGUGGGCAAGUCUCCAGGCCAAUAUCGUCAUGUUACAGUAUCAUUAUGCCUUAUAUCAGCAUUAUCUCCCUAUUAACCUAUAGAAACCUGUCUAUUAUUCAAUAUUUUAAUUUGUAGUUUCUUUUUGUCUAUGUCUAUAAUUAUCAUGUUUAAUGUUUGCAUUCUUUUGCACGUGUGGAAUUAUGCUGUGUUAGGUUGAUUCGUUUACCCUUUAAAAGUCCAAGUUAAGGAGGAAUGUUGCUCUUUGAUAUUCUAUUCAACUUAAAAAAAAUUACCUAGAUUAAUAUUAUAUGAUUUAUCGAAUGGCCGCUCCAACCAGUGGUGGACAUACCCAGUGGCCUGAGAGGAUCACUUCUGUUUUCGUGAGUGUAAAGGGAAAGGGAGCCAAUAUCAUAUGUUUACAUUUGUUACGUCAAAUUUCUCUCUAUCUUAACGUGGGCAGAUCAACCAACUCUAAACUUACAUUUUAUCCAUAAUUUGCCCCUGCAUGACAAAUUUUACUUAAAUAAAUAUAACAUAAAUCGUGAUUACUUAGACAAAUUUAGUUACGCAUAUAUAACUUCUUUAAUAGUCCUUCAUUUUACCUCAAGCGAAAUGUUGAGUAUCAAAUAAAUUCUUUAAAAACAAUUAUUUUAUUAAAAAUCCUACUAAAUAAGACUUAUAAUAAUUCAAUAUUUAAAUCAUAUACCUUAAUUUUAGCAUAAUAAUUAUGUUUGGUAUUGAUGAAGAAUCAAGUUACUGCCCAUCUCAAGAUCGGCAAAAUAUCAAGUUGGGAUGCAGUCGUAUACACACCAUCUGGGUUAUGCAUCACAGUCCUGCCAUUCUCAACAUAUUUAUACCUUAUAUCUUACAUGACAUCUCUUAAAACCACCAUAGGAGUAUUUAAGAGUCAUUUCACGAUAAUAUUUCCACCGAAUUGUGAAGUAAAAUCUUUAAAUAUGGAGAAUUUUGAGAUAAUAAGAGGAGGCAGCGUUUGGCAUCACGGUAGUAAGAUAAGGGAGGCCAUAGCAACAAGGUCUCAUUUACACUUCAUCUCCCCACAGCCUCCCACAGUCUCCCACAGCCUCCCACAGCCUCCCACAGUCUCCCACAGCCACAGCUACACAGAGGUUACGACCAUGAAGUACCUUACACCCAAGCAGAAGAAGUUUUAUGACGACAAUGGUUAUGUAGUGAUAGACAUAUUAACUGACCAGGAGAAAGACGACCUCAGUAAAGAAUAUGACCAGGUCUUCAAUGCUAAAGAUCAGGCUAAACUAGAAGGCACCUGGCAAGGGGACUGGGAAGGAAAGAAAAAAAAGAUGGAAAUGAAAUCCAUCCACAGCCUCCAGAUGCACUCUGCUGUCUUCACACGUCUUCUGCUGAACGACAAGUUGUUGGAUACCUGUGAGGAUGUAAUGGACACCCCCAACAUUCUGCUGCACCACACCAAGGCUCACACCAAACCUCCAGGCACCGGCUCACCCUUCCCCAUGCACCAGGAUUACCAUUACUUCCCAUUUGAGAACGACUCAAUGGUGGCGGUGUUUGUAAGCGUAGACGCAGCAGACCCGAGCAACGGUGGCCUGUGUGUGUACCCUGGCUCACACAAGCUUGGCCCCCUUGAGGACAUAAGUAAUGCUGCCGGCUACCAUUACUUAGACCCAGAGAAAUUCCCCAUUGGAAAAGCCACUCCUCUAACACUAAGCAGAGGACAGAUUGUGAUCUUCUCUUACCUGCUAGUGCAUGGAUCGUACGACAACAACAGCGAUCGCAUCCGUCGAAUGUUUCUCAUUCAGCUGAUGUCUGCUGAAGAUGUCCCUCUGACCAAAGUCCAUGUUUCUGAGUGCCAGGAGAUGGUUCUCCGAGGACGAUGUUUGUCCAGGGACGCUGACAUCAAACGCCGUCACAAGGAAUUUGUUGAAGAAGAGACUGUAGCUAAAGUGGUAUAAGUUGUACAAGUUGAUUGUUUAUGCAUAGUAUUACAUCUGUUACCUGAAGAAAUGGUCACCUUUAUCUUGCAGGAAAGGAUGAUUACUAAACACAGCCAGUCUCCCUUAACUAUAGUCUUACAGUAUGUCUACUUAAGGGAGAGUUCCAGUUACUUGUAUAUCCUCUCCCUUAACCAGACAAAAGCCUCACAACACGAUACUUUCUGGUUACUUGUGUAAUUUUACUUUUUUCUUACAUUUUUGCUCUUUUUUUGUGAUGAGGUAACAUUUAUUUUCUCUGCAUAGAAUUGUAAUGUAUUUUUUUUUUGUUAAUACCAGUGAAGUAGUCAAAACCGUUUACAAUUUUACUCUUUUUACCUGAAGAUUAGCCCCCUCCUUCCUCCAGAUAGUUUCAAUGGGGUGGUUAAACUUUAGAUGAGCUUUUUAUUUUAAGGGUUAUUCAUCAGGUGAUAUAUAAAGGUUAAAGUUGUCAAUGAUCUCGGUCUUGACAACAUCACUGGUUAUUGGUUAAUGCCGUAUCCACUCAUGAACUUGUGGAUUUAUUAACCAUUACAAGUAUAUUUCUUUGGUGCUUUAUGGGUUAAGGGUGUGCAAGAAACAUUUAUACUUGAUAUACAGUAUAUAUACAUUAAAUAGCAUAUAUAUUUUAACCCUUGAUGAUUAAUGAUGGCUUUAAAUUCAGAUCCUCGAGGGGGUUAGGUUAUGAGGGAGUUAAACUAUUACCCUUCAAGAAUUAAACUCUUGAGAGAUUAAACCAGUAUUUUUAAGGUGUUAAAUUUUGAUCCUCGAAGGAUUAAACCAUCAUUGUGAAGUAUUAAACUUCUAAAGGUGUUAUGCUCUACUGUACUGUCAUUCUAUUAACACAUCAUUAACAGGGUAAUAUUGAAGUUAUGUUAUUAUACAUUUAGGAUAUUAUAUAUUGAUUUUGAUUGAUUUAUUUUAUUUAUUUUUUUUUUUUUUACAUUUAUAUUGAAGUUGUGUUAUAUAUAUUAUGAUAUGUUUUAUGUAUUUAGUUUAUCAUAAAUUUAAAUUAUGUUUAGAUAUUUAGUACUGUACAUUGUUUAUUGAAGUUAUAUAUAAUUUGUUCAGAGUUUAUUGAAAUUAUAAUUUUAUGAAUUUAUUUAUCAACAAGCCGAUCAUUGGCGAAGAGGAUAAAGGUAAAACUAAAAUAUUGAAAUUACAAAUGAUAUGGUCAGACUUUAUUCCUACUGAUUUUUAGAUUCUUGUUUAUUUUACAUUAUGAAAUAUAAUACAGUAAUCAUUUAGGGUCCUCGGAUCGAAAAAUUUACCCUGUAUAAUUAGCGUCUGAAGAAUAUACCGUAUGGGAUUUAAAAUGUGUCAGGCAGGUGGAAUGACUGAGAGUGCACUAAGAUGGUAUAACAAGAGAAAUACCUGGCAGGUGAGAGAUGGGGAUUAUUUAUCAUAUAUUUUGAAAUCACAAGAGCCGAGGGAAGACCAGGAAGUAAUUGGAUAGAUUCCCUUGGUGAAUAUUAGCGAGGGGAAGAGGUAUUAAGUGUCACUUUAAUGGUCAAAGAAUGGUGUGGGUUGCGGAUACUGGGAACUAUCUUGCUUGUGAUGGUGUAAAUGGGAAAUCCUGGACAACUUUGCCAUUUGAAUUUAUUUGAAAUGUCGGGAAUUAUCGUAGAGGUUGUGUUAGUGACGUAAUGAAGACCAUGAUUUAUUUUACCCACUAUCGAUCACUUAAAGAUUAGCCCUCCCUCAAGUGCUUAACGAAACAUCCCUUACCUUAUCCAGCCUGGAGUUUAACCACCCUGUAACUAUCUGCUGGAGGACAGAUAUUUAAGUUGAUUCAUAAAGGCUGGGUUGUAAGAUGAGGAUAUAAGAAAGCAUGCUGGGAUAUUUCUGUGUCUUUUAGGAGUCUCCCUGUGUCUUUCCACAUUUGUCUUGCAUCAUUCUUCUGUGCCAUUUCCUCGCUUUUCUUGAAGUUUGUUGGUGUUGAUUCAGUCCAGGCAGAAGUAGGAGAAGAAUAAAGAUGAUGGAAUAUAAAUCAGUGCCAUCAUAUGCUGAAGUUAUAUUCGUACAUAAUUGAUUGCUUCAUAUAUAUAAUUUUUAUUGUGAAACAUUUUAGUCAUUUUUUAUCUUUAUUCAGAAGGAAAGACUUUUUUUUAUAGGAAAUUUUAUGCUUCAUCUUAAUGAUAGUAAAUGCAGAAAGUUUUUAACCUAUAGAUAUAUAUUUUGGUUACUGUAUAUAGAAUAUUUUCAUUUUAUUGAGAAUUUUUUAUACAGAACAACAAUUUUAGUGCCAUAUGUAGCUGCUAUAUACAGUACAAUAUUCAGAUUUUAUCAGAUUGCUUUUAUAUUACAUUUAGAUAGAGACAUUGUCUGAUGUUUUGAGAAAGCUAAGACAGUCAGCUCUGUACUUAAAGAGAUCUUCUUGUCAAAUAACUAUUCAGGUCGUCCACAAAAGAAUGUCAUUACUGUACUUCAACCAUUGAGCUACGAAGAAGUUCAUGCAAACGCUGGUACAAAUAAAAAAUUUUACUGA